GAAGCAAGAACUCCCGUGGAAAAGGGAGGGCAAAAACUGCAUUGCCGGUCGGAAACGGACAUCGAGUACCAUGGGUCAAGUUCAACUUGACCGAGGCCGAAUACAAGUACCGCAGUCAUUACGGCUGCUGCUAUUGGUGCAACAACAUCAAGCACAAGACCUCCCAAUUCCAGGAUCAAGGCAAGGAGGAUGCUCGACCUCACAUCAAGUCGGGAAACUGAGUCGCCCGGGAGGUGAGGCGACUCCACCUCUCACUCUGCCAGAUUCGGCCGCCUUGCUAGCGGCCUCCUACACAUAUGGGGAGAAUGCGGAUGUCGCGAGUCCUCGGUUCACUUACGAGGAUUCCGUUGUCCACUUGGUCCCACCGUUGGACCAGCCACUCCACGUGCAACAAUCCACCGCAUGGACGGUUUCACCACCAUCGGCAACCGAUUCGGCAGCUUCGCCGCCAACGAUCGUCGGGGAUUCGACGUCAUGGUCAAGACUUGAAGAACUCGACCCGUUGACGUUCGCAGACUUCGAAUGGAUGCCCUUUCCCCCGAGCGGUCGAUUGCUGAAACCGCAUUGCAACGUGCUCAUGGCACAAUUGCGGGAUUACUUGCACACUGUAGUACCAGCUCCGUUGAUGGACGCCGGAGUAGAGGUUGUUGACCUUCACGACUACGUUGCGAAGAUCGACCUCGAGUUCAAGACACAACGGUACGACAACAACGACAUGCCAUUGUUGUACAUACGCAUUCAGAUCGGAGAGGCGACCUGCAACGCUUUGAUCGAUUGCGGAGCUACUUGUAACUAUAUCAGCCAAGACUUUAUGGUACGCGCUGGGCUUGGGCCACGCGUUCGGAGGAAGUUGCAGCCCACGCAAGUCACGUUGGCCGACGGUCACACGCACAAGUCAAUCGAACGGUGCAUUGAUUCCGUCCCCGUGUACUUCACCCCGCAUGCAAGCGAGGCCGUAUCCUUCGAUAUUUUGGACACCCAGUUCGACAUGACUUUGGGCAUGUCAUGGCUGCGAAGCGAGGAUCACCCGGUGAAGUUCUACGGCUGCACCGUUCACGUUCCUGAUCGGAACGGAGUACUAGUCCCAUGCACUGUGCCUCCACCUCACCCUUCGAUCAGCUGCCGCUUGGUGUCCGCCGCAAGCAUCCGAGCUUCCAUCACCAGGGACGACAUCGAGGGGAUGGGGGUGUGUUUUCUCCACGCCCUCCCUCCUCAUGACAUUCCAUCGACGGACGCAUCAACAGACCCAGGCAUCACCAAACUUCUCGACGCCUACGACGACAUGUUCGAAGCCCCGCACGGAGUAGUACCGGAUCAUGCGUGGUUGCAUCUACCGCGCUACUAUCAACGCUUCAUCACCGGGUACUCAAGGAUUGCAACGCCAUUGACGAGAGUACAAUCGCCAAAGGUGCCAUUCAUAUUCGAUGACGACGCACGCCGGUCAUUCCAAGCACUCAAGACGACAAUGCUCAUGGCACCUGUCCUUAGCAUCUAUGACCCCACCUUGCCAACGAGAGUGACGACCGACGCUUUCGGCUAUGGCAUUGGGGCAGUCUUGGAACAACACGACGGCGACGAUUGGCACUCCGUGGAGUAUUUCAGCCACAAGGUGCCUCCCAUCAACUCACUUAAUGAUGAAAGGAAGAAGGAGCUGCUCGCAUUCGUGAUGGCUCUCAAGCGAUGGAGGCACUUCCCCCUUGGGCGUGGUAGGUUCACAUGGGUCACAAAUAACAACCCGUUGACCUACUACAAGAUGCAAGAUACGGUGAGCAGCACUAUCGGACGAUGGAUGUACUUCAUCGACCAAUUUGACUUCACACCGAAACAUCUCGCCGGCCUCUCCAAUCGCGCAGCAGAUGCACUCUCCCACGGCGUACCGAAAGACAUCGUCAACGAUUGCGACACUCGUUUCAUGUCGGCAUUCUCGACUUCUCUCAUGCAGGAAUCCGGCACCAAGAUGAAACCAAGUUCAGCUCGACAUCCACAAACGGAUGGGCAAACGGAGCGGGCACAUCAAACCGCUCAAAUGAUGCUUCGUACGCUCAUCCGUUCGGAUCAGAAGGAUUGGGUUGACCGUCUCCUCGACAUCGAGUUCGCCUAUAACACUUUGUUGCAUCCGGCGAUCGGCGUAACUCCAUUCGAGUUGCACCACGGUGGCCGGAAAGGCCGUAUCUUCGCUGAUCUUCUGCUUCCACGACCAGCCGACAUAGACGACGCUUGCUCUCCCGCCUCCGUUCAGAAGUACAGGGAAUUGCUGGCUCACGCCGGUGCGAACAUGCAAAAGGCUCAAGUUCGCAUGCAGCAGCAAGCCAACAGGCGUCGCGUGCCAUGUCCCAUCCGCUCCGGCGAUCUGGUUUGGGUCUCCGUGGAAGAGUUUGCGCUCCAACAGGAUGUUUUGCGCAAGCUACUCCCCAAGUGGUUUGGACCAUGGACCGUCCGUUCAGUCGCAGGGGACGAGCCUGAUGGCCCAUCCUUUGUGAUCGACAUCCCUCAGCAUCUGCUGGUCCACCCCGUCUUUCACACCUCGAAGCUGGCGACAUAUACACCGGCUAAGAGCGACGACUUCCCGGGCCGACGAUCGCAAGACCCUCCGUCUAUGGAUGGUCAUCAAGAAGUCGACCGCAUCAUCACGGAUAGCAAGUACGGCAGCAAGCCUCGACAAGACAAAGUUACCCUCAAAACAUGCGAUCCCGACGACACUCAAUGGAUUUCAGGAGCAGAUUUGAAAGCAUCCGCACCGCUGAUCUACGCUAACUACGAACGACAAAGGUUAGCUAAGGACGCUUCACGACCUGCCCCUCCCACCCGGACUUUGGUUCCUCCCUCAGACAGGCAGCUUCGCCCUCGCAGGUAAAGCUCGGUCUUUCAAGGAGAUGGGGGGUUGGCAUACUGCGCAGCCACACGGGCCUGCAGGGCCUGACCAGAUGGAAAAUAAGGGCCCUACGGGCCCUGUGUCGU